UGGAAACCUAUAAAAGAAAGGAGCUGAGGUCAUUAAAGACCAAAGAGAAAGGGGAAGCCAGAAAGAGUCUGAAACACAUGGAAUGUUUAUAUGUGAUCAGGUUCUGUACAUCACUGCUCUAACCCUGUGCUGGGCUGGUCGCUGACUCCCUAAAUAGGACUAGAGAACUGUUCCUGCAGCAUCCUAGCCACACAGCUGCUCACCUGGAUCUCUGACUAAGGAUGCUGCUGGACCCGACUAGGAGGACAAUGAUCAUCUAAACCGGAACCCCUUUUCAUGGACACUAAAAUCUAAUACAAGUGAAGAAAAAACCAGUGAACAACUGUAAAUCCUGAUUCUAGUGAAUCCUACCGGAGGCUAUUGAAUGCUAAUGACUUUCACUGCAUGUACUGCAUUUUCCACUCCCAUGUAUUCAAACCACCAGAUGUGCAGUUUCUCCAGUAACUGUUUAAAGUUAUUGGGUGUGAUUGUAAACUAGAGAGAACAGAUCCUGUAGUGCCUUCUGUUUCAGACAUUUGGAGAAUUGUGUCAUAGUUCUCUCCUUCACUUCCACUCAGUGCUGAAGGAUGAACAUGGUUUUCCUGGGGUGGAACGGGGAGUGCUGCUGUCUGCUACCUCUACUAGCUGUAGUUCUGAUGGUGGAGAGUACCCAACUAGACACUUCCCGAUCCAAGGUCAACUCCAUCAAGUCCAUUGUAGUGGUACAGACUCCUACUCUGGCCACCAACAGGUCUUUAAGCUUCCAGCAUGGAGUUUCCCACAAGAAAGGAAAGAACCUUGGACAGGCCUAUCCUUGUGUUAGUGAUAAAGAAUGUGAGGUUGGAAGAUAUUGCUACAGUCCUCACCAGGCUCCCUCCUCUUGCAUGGUCUGUCGAAGAAAGAAGAAACGCUGCCAUAGAGAUGGCAUGUGCUGUGUUGGGAAUCGCUGCAAUAAUGGUAUAUGUAUCCCAGUAGCUGAGACCAUCCUGACACCUCAUAUUCCAGAACUUGAAGGGCGCCCAAAGAAAAACAAUCACAUGCCUAACAAAGAUUUAGGUUGGCAGAAUAUUGGAAGGCAUCAUACAAAAGUGCCACAUAUAAAAGGGCAUGAAGGAGAUCCCUGUCUUCGGUCAACUGACUGCAUCGAAGGCUAUUGCUGUGCUCGACAUUUCUGGACCAAAAUCUGUAAACCUGUAUUACGUCAAGGGGAGGUUUGCACAAAACUAAGAAAAAAGGGCUCCCAUGGCUUGGAGAUUUUUCAAAGAUGUGACUGUGCUAAAGGCCUGUCUUGUAAAGUAUGGAAAGAUGCCACAUAUUCUUCAAAAUCACGACUACACAUUUGCCAGAAAAUAUAAGCAUUGAGCAAAGAGCCACUGCUCCAAAAGACUGUGAGUUUGGCGUUGGUACAAGAUGGGGACGUUUAUUAGCGUCAUUGGUACCAGAGAACAUAAAAACACUGACUGAAAUUAAAUCUAUAUAUUUGAACUGGAGCUAUUGGAGCUUAUCUGUGUAAAUAACCAUUUUGCGACAGUGACGUUUCUUUACAAAAAUGACAUUUACUAUUGUAACAGUGCAUGCCCACUGAUUUUACAAAAUGUAUGAAAUUUAUCUACGUAGAAAUAAUCUCUGUUUGUGUAUUCUGCUUUAAUGAAAUCCAAACAUAUUUCUUUAGUUUCCUGUGCACUGGCAUGGAGUUCUUUCCAUAGAAAGGGAAUAUUGCUAUAGUAUUUUCUUAUGAAGAUCAAUCAUGCCGGAUCGGAAUUACAAUAUAUCCUGUUCUGUGUCAGGAAAGUCUUUCAGAACACAGAAAUUUGGCUCAACCAAUUGCUGGCAACUUCCAUAUGCAUUUGAGAGCUCACUUAUGAAUACCAGAUCUAUAGAGCUUAGAGGCUGCUCAGACUGUGCAGAGGGGAUCAGUAUUAUUAAAUUAGACCAAUUACAAUGGACGCAUGCCUGCUUAACACACAGAACAUUGCAAUGGUUAGUGUACAUGUGUCUGCUGUCCAGUGUGAAAUACUGCAGUAAUUCCUUGUGGCUUAUAUAAAUUGACAAUGUGAGAACAUGGUAUUAAAAUGUCUACAAUGCAGCACAUUAUAUUUUACUAGCAAUUAUGGUGAUAUCAUAGUAUGACGGUUGCUACAGUAUGAUAGGAAAAGCCGAAAAUACUGGAUGCCACUAUAUCACAAAAGUCUCUUCCUGAAUUAUAAGUGCCUUUGUUACUUUUUGCAGAUAUCUACAAUAUACUGUCCCAUAUAGAAGCACAUUUCUUUACAGUUUUUGACCAAUGGCUU